GUAGCUUGAGACACAGACUCAGGCCCAACCUUCCUGUGUGGUUUUGGCUGCCCAGAGCACAUCAUGGACCUCGGGAAACCCAUGAAAAGUGUGCUGACGGUGGCGCUCCUCGUCAUCUUCCAGGUGUGCCUGUGCCAAGAUGAGUCCACAGAUGAUUAUAUUGGAGACAACACCACCGUGGACUAUACCGUGUACGAGUCUUUGUGUUCGAAGAAAGAUGUUAGGAACUUUAAAGCCUGGUUCCUCCCUAUCAUGUAUACGAUCAUUUUCUUCAUAGGCCUUGUAGGCAAUGGGCUGGUGGCGUUGACCUACAUCUAUUUCAAGCGACUCAAGACCAUGACGGAUAUCUACCUGCUCAAUCUGGCCAUGGCAGACAUGCUCACGCUCCUGGCCCUCCCCUUCUGGGCCUACAGUGCGGCCAAAUCCUGGAUCUUCGGCGCCUACUUUUGCAAGAGUAUCUUCGGCAUCUACAAAAUCAGCUUCUUCAGCGGCAUGCUGCUGCUCCUCUGUAUCAGCAUCGACCGCUACGUGGCCAUCGUCCAGGCCGUGUCCGCCCACCGUCACCGUGCCCGGGUACUUCUCAUCAGCAAGCUAUCCUGCGUGGGCAUCUGGUUCCUAGCCCUGUUGCUCUCCAUCCCGGAGCUGGUCUACAGCGGCCUUCAGGAGAGCAGCAGUGAGCAUGCGUGGAGGUGCUCGCUCAUUACGGAGCACGUGGAGGCCUUGAUCACCAUCCAGGUAGCCCAAAUGGUGAUGGGCUUCCUGGUGCCCCUGCUAGCCAUGAGCUUCUGCUACCUCGUCAUCAUUCGCACCCUGCUCCAGGCUCGAAACUUCGAGCGGAACAAGGCCAUCAAGGUGAUCAUCGCUGUGGUGGUGGUGUUCAUAGCUUUCCAGCUGCCUUACAACGGCGUGGUCCUGGCUCAGACGGUGGCCAACUUCAACAUCACCAAAAGCAACUGUGAGCUCAGCAAGCAGCUCAACAUCGCCUACGACAUCACCUACAGCCUGGCGUGUGUCCGCUGCUGCGUCAAUCCUUUCUUGUAUGCGUUCAUCGGGGUCAAGUUCCGAAACGACCUCUUCAAGCUCUUCAAGGACUUGGGCUGCCUCAGCCAGGAGCAGCUCCGGCAGUGGUCUUCCUGCCGGUACACACGGCACGCCUCCAUGAGUACGGAAGCCGAGACCACCACCACCUUCUCCCCAUAGGCACCUCCCUGCCCAGACUACAGGGGUGUCUCCCAGGGCCCCUAGGGUGAGGACAGGGUGCUGAUGCAAUGACUCCGGACCCAUCCAAACUCUGCAGAGGGAAAAGCAGUUCUGGGCCAUUCAGGUUGACUUCAUGGCCUAAGAAAACGCUGAAGAUCAAUCCAUGCUACCUCAACCAAGGCUGGAAGAGACACAGCUGAGAACCUAAGGCCAGAACUAGCAACACACCCAAACCACGACUGUUGUUCCCAAACCAACAGUCGGAAGGGAAAGUUGAGAAACCAUCCACACCCUCUAGCAUGAAGUAGAAGGGGCUAACGGAGAAGAAAAGAGCUGCUGUAUAUUCUAAAUGAACCUUCAUCUGAUCUAGAAAGAAAACAACUCAGACAAUCAAAGUCAGAGGCCAGCUUUGUCUCUAAGACCAAGAUAAUGGAGAGAUGUCUUAGACUGUGGAGGAAAGGGAGCCACCCACCUAUCAAAGUAAAUCUCUAAAUCCCUUUCUCCAUCUUUCUUUUCAACUCUUAUCUAAGCCAGCAAGAAAUGGUGGCCAACAAGCUCUCUCAGAACACACCUGUUUCCCUACCCAACACUCUCCUCCCCACCCCUCCUUGCUCUUCACAAGACAGCCAUGCUGUUUCCUGCAGCCCAGGCCUCCUGUUCAGCCUGAGCAAGGCCAUCUCUCAGCCAGAGUUCCAGAGCAGGGUCAGCUCUCUGCUUGGCUUGGAUGGUAAGAGGGAACCGGAAGACAAGUUUGAGGCAAAGAGGGUGAGGAUGUUGGCUACUAAAGCCAAUGAAGCCAGGUGCCAGUGGCUCACGCCUCUAAUCCUAGCUACUCAGGAGGCCGAGAUCUGAGAAUUACAAGUCAAAGCCAGCUUCAGGCAGGAAAGUCCCUGAGACUCUUAUCUG